GAGGGUUUAACCGACGGGCAGCAGCGGACAGACCUGACUGAGUGUAUCCAAAAAGACAGCCUGGCUGGCCGGAUUAAAACACGCAUUCCCUUCGCACUGUAAUCGCAGGUUAAGUUGCUGCUGCCCCCAGUUUGACAGAAAAAGACUAUGAACGUACACGCAGGCCUGCAGGCAACUAAACCUCUACUAGUCCUACUGUAACUCCAGAUCUAAGAUCACCGUCGAACAGCUGGGCGCCCAUCAGAGAUAAUGGACCUAAACUUCAACAACAAGAGGAAAAAGACGUCCUGGACCGGUUUACCUGAUUCUCCUUCACUCUAGAUGCUGCUGAACCCUCUAUUCACAGUGUCAUUCCAUGGCUGGGAUUCAGCAGCUACGUGUGAACUUGCUGACAAAUGUUUGCUGAAACUGUUCGCCUGAAGGAGCAUUGAAAAGACAACAAAAGGAGCCUUGGCUGUCGACUGUGAGCAGUUUGUGUGUCUGUGGUUAGGCCUGUAAUCAUGGGGAAAGAACAGGAUCUGCUGGUGGCAGUGAAGAGUGGAGAUCUUCUGCAGGCGCAUAAACUUCUCUCCAAAGUCAAGUGCAACAAAACCAAGUUGCUGGGCUCCACCAAGAGACUCAACAUCAACUACCAAGACUCAGACGGCUUCUCAGCGCUGCACCAUGCUGCUCUGACGGGCACCACGGAGCUGCUGUCUCUGCUGCUGGAGGCCCAGGCCACGGUGGAUAUCAAGGACAUCAACGGCAUGCGUCCCCUCCACUACGCAGCAUGGCAGGGUAAAGCAGACUCCGUCUUAUUGUUGCUGAGAGCGGGCGCUUCAGUCAACUCCCCUUCCCAUGAUGGACAGAUACCGUUACAUCUUUCUGCGCAGUACGGACACUAUGAGGUGUCUGAGAUGUUGCUGCAGCACCAGUCUAAUCCCUGCCUCAUGAAUAAGGCGAAGAAGACUCCUUUAGAUCUGGCCUGCGAGUUUGGGAGACUGAAGGUGGCUCAGUUGCUGUUAAGCAGUAACAUGGUGGCUGCGCUGCUAGAAGGGGAGGGAGGGCACGACGGCCUCGACUCUCCGUCCACCACCCCCCUUCACCUGGCAGCCAGGAAUGGACACAAAGACAUCAUCACGUUGCUGCUCAAAGCUGGGAUUGAUAUCAACAGAGCCACCAAAGCAGGGACGUCUCUGCACGAGGCUGCCCUCUAUGGCAAAACUGAAGUUGUGCGGCUGCUGCUUGAUGCGGGCAUCAAUGUGAACAUGCGGAACACGUACAACCAGACAGCUUUGGACAUCGUCAACCAGUUCACCACCUCUACAGCCAGUAGAGAGAUCAAACAGCUGCUGAGAGAGGCAUCAAGUUCUCUCCAGGUCAGAGCGGUGAAGGACUACUGGAACCUCCACGACCCCACUGCUCUUAACCUCCGGGCUGGAGAACUCAUCAUGGUCCUGGAGCAGCACUCAGACGGCCGCUGGAAAGGUCACAUCCAUGACACCCAGCGGGGGACGGACAGGGUGGGCUUCUUCCCCCCUUCAGUGGUGGAGGUCCUCAGCAGACGAGCAGGAGGCACUCUGUCCCGCCAAGCCUCAAUACCUUGCCACCGACAAAACUUUGCAUCCAGAGCUUCUCCCUCAAGCCACGGCCCCAGCCCUCAGACUGACGACUCAUACACCCAUGGCUAUGAUCCCACAGGUGACAGAAACAGUGUUGGCAGUGCCGGCAGUGUGGGCAGCAGCCGCAGCGCCGGUAGCGGCCAGAGCUCAGAGAGUAGCCACAAACAGAAUGGGACUCGCCACAACGCUGACACCGGCAAGCUGGUUCCCUCUGCUGGUGAAUCAGGAGACCAUCUCCACAUUGCAGCAGCAGACAGCAAACAGGCAGAAGGAACCACAGGUGGUUCCCGUCGGCAGGUCAACGGCACUCCUCAGAAAGGCUUCAUGAGGCCUGAACAUCUUCUGGAGGGCAAGGACUCUGAGGCCAUCUACCAGUGGUUGUGUGAGUUCCAGUUGGAGCAGUACACAUCCAACUUCAUCAGUGCAGGAUAUGAUGUACCCACCAUCAGCAGGAUGACCCCUGAGGACCUGACAGCCAUCGGAGUGACCAAACCAGGCCACCGAAAGAAGAUCUCAAUGGAAAUUGGCAAGCUGAGCAUCCCCGAGUGGCUGCCUGAUUACAUUCCUGCGGACCUGGGGGAGUGGUUGAGUGUGAUUGGACUGCCUCAGUACCAGAAGAGAUUGUGUGACAAUGGCUAUGACUCCAUCACUAUUGUCAAAGACAUCACCUGGGAGGACCUGCAGGAGAUCGGCAUCACUAAGCUGGGCCACCAGAAGAAGCUAAUGUUAGCAGUGAAGAGACUUUGUGACCUGCAGCGCUCUCGUAACCACGCUGACAGAACUGGAGGUGGGACUCUCCGACGGAAGCCCCCUGCUGCCCUGGAGCUGGUGGCCAUCGAACACACACCAACACACAAUGUGCUUGCUCACGCUCGUUCUGAUGCGUCUUCUGAUGACUGCUGCCCCUCCCCGCGCACCCCCAGGGCCCUCCUGUCCUUCCAGGACAGCGAGUUGAGCGCUGAGCUGCAGAGCGCUAUGAUGGGCAGGCCGGUAGGAGGAGCUGCAGAGGCAUUCGGCAUCAGGGGCGUGACUUCUGCUGCAGCUAUAUCUGCCAUGUCAGUCAGUCAGGAGAGCAUAAGCGUGCGAUCCCGGGGGUCAGGGAAUUCUGGAAAUUCUGGAAAUUCAAAUUCAGGAUAUGCUCAAGAUCACUUAGCUGCACCAUCUUCAGCCAGAGCAUCCAGCCGGUCAGAGGAGAGUCUGGGGGUUGGUGUGGUGGAGGAUGCCAAGCGUGGAGGAGGUAGUCCUGGAGGAAGAGGUAGACAGAGACCCACAGAGAUGUGGGAGCACCAGAGUCGGUCUGCUACACCCAACAAACUCCCCUUCUCCCCCCUAACACCUCCACUAACCCCCAGCAAGAUGCCUCGCUUUGCCUAUCCAGCUGUCCCACCCAAGGCCAAACACUUCCAGUCCCCAAACCGCCUCUAUCAGCCUCAGCACCACCCGCUGUCUUCCCCUCCCUCUCCGUCCCCGCAGCCUUCCCCCACACAGAAGGCCUUCAGUUACCUCAACGCCCAAGCAGCAGGCAUCAACGGGGCUCCAUGGGUGCUCUCCAAGCCUCUUCCUGGAGCUGUACCCCUGUUGGGACCCCGGCCUGGACAGGGCCCAGCUAAUGACUCCCAGAGGGGCCCGCACAAAAAACGUGCACAAAGCCUGACUCGCUACGCUCUGUCUGACGGCGAACCUGACGACGACGACGACCUCGCUCCCACCGGGACCGCUUCUUCCUCUGCAGCCAUGCCCUCCUACGCUACUCUAUCGCGCAGGCCAGGACGUGGACACACAAAUGCCGGAGGGACCCAACGCCACAUCAACCGCAGCCACUCAUUUGCUGUACGAUCCCGACGCAAAGGCCCACCCCCGCCGCCUCCAAAGAGGAUGAGCUCAGUAAGCGGCAGCCCAGUACGCCAACCGGGAAAUGGGAAAGUGGUGGAACCAGAGGUGAAGGGAGGGGUGGAGACGGAGAGCACAGGCAGUGUUAGGAGCAUCGCAGCCAGGCUAGAGGGAGGCAGCAGCAGUCCAUCCAGGAGGAUAGAUAUACCACCAACUCACAUACCAGUGUCACCUGUUUUCAGCCCCGUCUCCACUCCAAUUCCACAUGGCAUGGCCCCUCACAUGAUUACUCACAUGACUCCUCACUCCCAACAGCACUCCAAACCUGUCCCUGCUCUGGGCCUGGGGGGCCUGAGGAGGACAGGAAGUGAGAGGGCAGAAGUAGAGACUGGCAGACAAAGAGGCGGGGGCGCAGAAGGAACACUUGAAGAGAAAGAGAAAGCAAGGAAAAGUGAAAGAAUAUCAAAGAGUGCUACUCCAUCUCCUAAGCACCGCUCCGGUGACCACCUCCCUUUUGCUGAAGAAGGCAACCUCACUAUCAAACAGCGGCCCAGGAUAGCAUCUGUCACCCAAGCAGAUGCUGAACUCAAGACUCCAGAGGGUCCAGUCCAGACCCCGAACAGCCUGGAGCUCCCAGAGUUCAAUUUGAAAGAGUCUGACACUGUGAAAAGACGACACAAACCCAAAGACUCAUCGACACCUGAGGAGGCUACCACCCCCAACAGAGAUGACAACCACUCGCAAACUAACAGUCUCCACAUGCAUGAUAAUGUCAGCACCCUGAGCGAUGAAGAAUGUCAGCGGAUUGUCUUCCAGAGAGUAGGCUCCAUGGGAAAAGGACCAAAGCCUCCAGUGUCUUCAAAACCUUGCAGUCCUCUCAAACAACCCCCUAACAGAAAACCAACAACCCCCCAGAAAACAGCUUCUUCAGUACAAGCUGAUGCACAAACAGCCAUUCCUAAACUAACCAGCGUCCAAAUUCACACAGUCUCUCCAAAGCUGGGUGGCAGCAUACACACACAGACCUGUAUACCCAGUCCCAAAUCUGUGAAACACCCACAGACGAUGUCCCUGCCAGAGAGUCCACCGAAAACUGCUGGUUUGUCCGCAUCAAGACUCCCUCAGACCAGCAUAGCCUCGGCAUCCACAGCAGGAUCAAACCUCGCCAUAGUCCAGAGCGUCGCGUUCACCACUCCGUCCUCCCCAGCUCCGGCACCUUCCCACCCCAUCUCGGCACCACCGGGUCAGGCAGGGAAAGCAGGGACACCCCUGGCUGGUCCGGCCGGCUUGGAGGUGCUGGCUCAGAAGAGGCUGGAGCAAACCAGCACAUCACUGGAGGCUGCCCUCAAAGUGGUGGAGAACAAACUGGCACAGGGCAGCAGCGUGGACGGUGGCAGCAGCACAGUGAAGGCAGCAGGAAAUAUUCUGGAUGACAUCGGCAACAUGUUUGAUGACCUGGCUGACCAGCUGGACGCGAUGUUGGAGUGACAUCCUGAAACUCUGCCUCGCAGGGACCAAGCUCCUUUCGGCGGGGGAGCGGCGGACAAAAAAAAUGGAGAGAAGCCAGCGAGCGGGAAAACAAGACGAACCUUUGAAGCUGGUGAGAACUGAGGCGGCGGAGGGCUCGGCACCUCUUCAUGACUCUGGAUGAGUCAAUAAGUACACAUUUGAGGAUUUCCUGCGCAACUUUGCCUCAAUAUUGGCCAGUUUUUCAACGCGAGCACUUCGCCUUAGGACACACACCUGGGAAAGUUAUUGGAGCAACAAGAAAAAGCAGCUGCAAGACCAGCUUCCAGAUGUCUGUGUGUAUUACCACUAAAGGGAAUGAGGGUCCAUUUACUUGUAAAUGUAUAGAGUCUAUGGUGGAACUGUGUAUGUGUGUAGUCAGAUAUCUUUAUACUGAGUAUAUUUAUACUUCUAUAUGUUUGUUUUUUAACAAAUGGAGUUCCUAUUGACUGUUUCACUGUCUGAAUCAUUCUAGUGUAUAUUAGCGUUACUGUAUUAUGUGUAUAUAUAUAUAUAUAUAUAUAUAUAUAUAUAUAUAUAUUCUAAAUAUAAAUAUUGUUCAUUCUACUAAAAGCAGCAUAUUCCAAAUGUAUGUACUAGAGUUGCUUUUACAUGUUUUUACCAAAGUCUUUUAUCCUCUUCAGGAGGUUUCAGUCAGCACACAGUGGAGUUUCGUUGAAGCACUGUUGUCAGUGAACAGAUGGGCUGAUCAGGUGUGACUGCUGCUGCAGAGAGCGUGGUGGAGCCACCUCCCACUAACAGCGUGGAAGGCUUUACAGCUCGCCUCAGGGCGCCGUGAAGUGGAUUUACUGUAAGUGGGCUGGGAGAGAAACAUUUCAACAGCAGUCUGGGAAGUCACGUCAACCUUGUGAAAGAUCAGAAGAUUGAAGAUUCUUUCGAAGUGAUCAGUGUGAUGCACUCUGUCUUGUUUUCUACACACUUGACAAUACAGAGUCUGGAGUCCGGAAUAACUAAAGCCUUUUACAUGUUUAAUUCUAACCAACUAAUAAACUCAUAAAUUUUUAAAACACUAUUGUAACUUUAUGAAUUCAAAUUGGAUUUAAACUACGCAUUAUAAAACUGAAAGUAUAAAGACACGCUGAAUUUCCUUAUUCUAUCUUUUCAUUUUUAAAUAAAAUUUUGAAAAGCCUUUCAGAGCUUCUACAGAGAGGCCAGUCAGAGCUCCAGCUGGUGCUCUGCUGGUCGGACUUGUUGGUUACCUGUCUUUAAAGUCGUCUUUAAAUUAAAGCAGUCACAAAAUGUAAACUGUAAAUGUUAAUAAAGGAAACUAUAGUUAGGAGAUGGAAUUUGAUACAGAAAGAGAAUCUAAACAAUAUUUGUAUUAUUUUCUUUAUGUUGAAUUUUAUAAUGCAUCACUUAAAUUAUUCCGACACACUCCAGCCUCCAUAGCAGAACUGGGACCUUUUGCCAGCUAAUUUUGGGGUUAACUCUGGCUUUAUAUAUUACACCAGCUGCUAACGAGUUCUUAGGGAUCAUCAGUGUUACUGUGGGUUUACUGAAAGUUAGAAAGUUCUUCCCAAAUUCUGCAAGGAUUUGUUUUGGAUGUUCUGCAACAAAAUCAGGGCGUUGACAUGUUUUUAAGACUUUGAGGUUUAAGGCACUUUGACAUCAAAUCUGGUCAUUUUAGCACUAUUGGUUCCUCUGUUGUAUUUUGAUGAAUUCCUGUUACUUUUUUAUUAAUAUUUCAACUGAAUUCUGUAUCAUCCUGGAAAUUAUUAAAAGGAGAAUUUAUACUGA